AUGGCAUCCGGAUUUCACACUUCAUACCUGAUUAUUGGCGCUGGAGUCUUUGGUGCUUCCACUGCUUUACAACUCGCUAAGCAGUAUCUACCGCCAGCUACAGAAGAGCCCAUCAGAAUUACUCUUGUCGACAGACCCGUCGUUCCUGACCAUAAGUCUGCGUCCCAAGAUCAGUCUAGAAUCAUUCGAGCUGACUAUGCUGAACCGCUUUACACCCGACUUGCCCUUGAGGCCAAGCAUCUGUGGAGGUCAGAUCCGUUGUACAAGGAGUUUUAUCACGAAACCGGUUUAAUCUGGGCUGAUAUGAACAAAACCUGUUUUACGAAAGACGUGAUCACUAAUUAUCGGCACCUUGGAAUAGUCAAGAACGAUAAGGACGCAAAAUACCGCCUUGUACCCCCAAGCGAGAUUCGUCGCCUUCAAAAUGGAGUUUUCUCACGUGCAGAGCUAGGAAAUAUUGACGAAUUACUUCUGAAAGAAAGUAGUGGGUGGGUUGAGGCAAACAAGACUUUAAAAAAAGUCAUUGAUGCAGCCGUUCACACCGGAGUAGUCAAGCGUAUUGAAGCAGAAAUCACCAGAUUGAUUUUUGAUGAUGAUGGGAAUGUGUGUACUGGUGCUCGGACUGCAGAUGGCCGGAUCAUCACAGCAGAUUCGAUCAUCUUGGCGACUGGAGCGGAGACGGCAAAGCUGCUCGUAAAGAGUGCUCCAGCUAUUCCAGAGCUACAUGUAGGCAGUCGUCUAUCGGCAGCUGGACUCAUCACAGGGAUCUUGAGACUCAGUGAAAAUGAAGCGAGCCAGUUACGAUCUGCUCCUGCUUUUCUCAUCGCUGGAGGUAAAUCUCAAGGUGAGAUGACCAUAUCUCCAGACCGAUCAACAUUACCUUGCAUAAUGGAAAACGAGAGAGACAUGAACUAA